AUGUCCGACUCUGGCUCUGGUGACAUCGAGGUUGUGACCACACCGGGCGCAGCGGCGCUCGAGUCUUGUGCAAGCGCGUCUGAUGGGUCCAAGACGAGACCAAAGUCUUGUGACGGCGCGUCGGUGCCGCACGUGGUCGACGGCGUGGUUGAGGACGGCGGCGACGAGGCGGCGACCGGUGACGUCGGUGCCGCCUCAAGCACUCACCAGGACGACGGCAAGGGCAAGGGCAAGGGCAAGGGCAAAGGCAAGGGCAAGGCGGCAGGGAGUAACCCGUUGGCGUCAAUCAUUGGCGAUACGCUUGAGAAUCUGACCGGAAUCGCGGCUGGCGAGGGCGGGAGUGAAGGCGGCGAGGGCGCUCAGCCUGCGGUGCCGACCAAGGUCCUGCCAUCGCUGCGGCGGUUCUCAGAGAUGGUGGCGGAAAAGGGCUCGGAGCGCGGGCUCUCGAUCCGCUACGAGGCCGAGACCAAGCGGCUAGUCGUCGAGCUGCCUGGCCCGGUGGCGCCGACCUCGCAUCAGCCGCACCCGUUUGUGGACCUCGUGCCGUACUACAACGCCUACGCCAUUUCCGAGGAUGAUGACGGCUCGCGCGACGUGGUCAUCUCCGAGCUGCUGGAUCUGUGCGAAGCCAAGAUCAUGCCGCUCGGCACGUACGACGAGAUGAAGAGCCGUCUCGUCCCGCGCCUCCGCCUCGCUUCGUACUACGAGCUCUUUGACAUGCAGUGCGAGCUCCGCGGCGAUGACGAGGUCGUCAUCCCGACGCGCGACGUCGCCACUUCGCCUGACCUGGUCGCCGAGCUUGCGCUUGAGGAUGACACUACGGUGGCCACCGUCACCAACAAGCACCUGCUGGCCUGGGGCGUGAGCUUUGACCAGGCGCUCGACGACGCCGCCGCCGCGCUGGCGGCGCGGACCAACGGCGACGGCAAGUGGCGCGCGGUGCCCGGCACAACCAAGGGCUCGUACCUCGCCCAGUUCCGCGAUGGUGCAGACUCGGCGCGCAUGCUCUGCAAGGCGAUGAUCCGCAAGCUCAAGGUCAAGGGGCGCCCUGUCGUCCUCGUCCCCGAUCGCGAGGUCCUCCUUGUCACCGGCAGCGAGGAUCCCGAGGGCCUGCUUGCCGUUCUCAACCUGGUCGCCUCCAUCCUCUCGCGCCUGCCGUCGCCCGUGCUUGGCGUGUGGACGCUUAACAAGAAGGGCCACUACCUCCCGUACGAGCCGCCCAAGUUUGACGGCAAGUCGUCCGGCGGCGGUGCAAGCUCGGCAUCCGGCGGCGCCGACGGUGUCGCCGAGCUCCCGGUCCCCACCAAGGUCUACCUCCUGUACAAGAACCUGGUCACCCGGGGCAUCGGCCAGCAGUACCACUCACAGAAGAAGAUGCUGGACAAAGUCAACGAGAAGAAUGAGGUCAAGGUCAUGCCGGCCACCAUGACUGUCAUGCAACAUCCCAAGACCGGCGACGUCAUCACCUACUGCAUCUGGCAGCUCGGCACCGAGGCCCUGCUUCCGGUCACCGACAUUGUCCUCCUCUGCAAUCCCGAGAACCUCGCCCGCCCCAUCGUCGGUCAGGCCCCGUUCGACCUCCUCAUGGAGGUCAUGUCUGAUGGCGUCGAGCUGGUCCCCACCCACCCGCCACGCUACUCGUGUCCCAAGGACGUCUUCCCCACGCCGGAGCAGAUCGUUCGUCUCUCCGGCUCGUUUGAGGCGCCCGAGAUGAAGGACGCCGCCAUCAAGCUCCGUGACAUGCUUACCACGGCACAGCGUGCUCGUGAGCGCCAAGAGUUCCAGGACUCGGUCAUGUAAAUGCCAGCUUCCUCG